AUGAUGCUGAAUAGGAAUUGUGCACCUGCGGGUAGCACUUCGAAAAUUGAGAUGCUCUCCCAAUUCAACGGGUAUCAUCCUAUACUUGCAGUGGGAUUACUAGCUGCAGCAGAUGCUGGAACAGCAGUACUUUUCAAGGCUGUUGACGAGGACCUAAUAAAGAAAAACGACACUAAAUCAAGUGUAGCAGAAGAAGCUGCUGCUGCUGCAAAAGAUGCUGCUGUUGUGGCAGCGGAUGCAGCUCAAGCAAUCCGGGAGAUGUCAACAACAAAUAGAGAAGAGAAGAUAUGCUUUGAGGAGAUUAUGAGUACGUUAUAUGCUCAAACACAAGUGAUGAAAUCAAUGAUCAAUUCAAUGCAGAAGUUGGAAAGUGGACUGGGUGCAAAUGGAAGAAUUUGUCUUGAUGAGCAGGAUAACAGAAGGCUCUCAGGAACCAGUUCAAGCCAACCUCAUACCAGUGGCACCACACGUACUGAUACAAUGUCAGGUUAUUCGUAUCUACCUGUGUCUGCGGAACCUCCUCACCAUAUGCAGAUGAUGCCUAUGCUACAAAGAGGGAAAAUGCCAAUGCUGUUGAAUAUAAGGACUAGCUCUCUGGGGAUCAAUGAUGCACCACCGGUCCCCAAUCAGCCGCUAAUGAAUCCAAGAAAACCGGGGUCAAAGGUCAAGUUCUAUAAUGAUAGCCGUAUGUAG